ACGUAGAACUCAUCCAAAGUGAGUCUCUCUAAUAUUCAUUUCAAUUCAACUCAAAACCCAUUAUUUCCAUGGCGGCUUGCAACGAAGACUUCUGCUCGGAAUAUGCCGAGCUGAAACCGGAAGAAGCUAGCUUCUUCGAUUGCCUCCGCAUCCUGUUCUCGCCGGAGUUGGGAGGGACAGACUGUUUCGACACUAACUCCUCCGUGCCCGGCGGCCGCCUGAGCUUCCGUAGCCGGUGGCUCAUUUUCAUCUCCGUCGUCGCCCAAAAAAUCCUCAUUUACUUGAAAGAGCCAUUGGCGUCGCUUGGAUCCGCCUUAGAAAUCUUUCUUAAUUACCCUUCCUUCAACGGCGGCAUUUUCUGGCUCCUUAUCAAUUUCCUAACAGGGAAGAUGGUGCGGCCGGAGACGACGUCGGAAAAUUUCAGUUCGUUCAUAGCGAACAUGGACGUGAGGGUUGACUUGGAUCGGAAAAUCAAGAAUGGCGACAGCCGGUAUGCUCCGCUUUUGUCUAUCAUGGCUGCCAAAUUGUCGUACGAAAACGAAGCCUUCGUCCAAAGAGUUGUUACGAAUAAUUGGAAGAUGGAAUUUUUGGAGUUCUAUAAUUUCGAAAACGACUAUGGUGACGAUAAGUCAACACAAGCAAUAAUGUUCCAAGACAAAGCCGAAGAUCCAAACCUGGUGGUGGUGGCGUUUAGGGGGACAGAGCCGUUCAACGCGGAGGACUGGCGGACUGAUUUGGACCUGUCAUGGUACAAGCUGGAAGGAGUGGGGAAGCUUCACGCAGGAUUCAUGCGGGCCUUGGGCUUGCAGCAGAACAAAGGGUGGCCCAAUGAGAUAGAGAGAGGCCCGGGGAAGAAACAGUUUGCUUACUACGAGAUCAGGGAGAAGCUGAGGGAAAUACUGAGGUCUAAUGAGAAUGCUAAGUUUGUAGUGACAGGGCACAGUUUAGGAGGGGCACUGGCAAUUUUGUUUGCGGCUGUGCUGAUUAUACAGGAGGAGGAAGAGCUGUUGGGGAAGAUGGAAGGGGUUUACACUUUUGGGCAGCCAAGGGUGGGAGAUGUGGAGUUUGGUGAUUAUAUGGUGGAGAAGCUGAAGAAAUAUAGGGUGAAAUAUUUGAGGUAUGUUUAUGCUAAUGACAUGGUUCCCAGGUUGCCAUAUGAUGACAAGACUUACUUCUUCAAGCACUUUGGCUCCUGCAUUUACUUCAAUAGCCUCUACAGUGGCCAGGUUCUUGAGGAAGAACCGAACAAGAACUACUUCUCACUGCUGUGGGUGAUGCCGAAGAUGAUGAAUGCAGGUUUUGAGUUGAUGAGGGGGUUCAUGCUUCCAUGGAUAAAUGGUGGAGAUUAUAGAGAGGGUUGGGUUUUAACACUAGGUAGGAUGGCAGGAUUAUUGAUUCCAGGAAUAUCAGAUCACGGCCCUGAAGAUUAUGUUAAUCUCACCCGAUUGGGAACGCCACUUGAAUCCCUUCAGUUUCCAGAAAGAGUUCAACAGCAAGGUCUUAAACGUGAUUGAGAGAUCUACAAGAUUCCAAGUCAUUCACUGUCAGCUAAAAAUGCAUGAAAUAGCUUUACCUCGUGUUGUUAGGUCGUUUCACUUUUCUGUCUGGGUGAAAUGCUAACAAUAUAUAUAUAUAUAUAACAUAUAUUCCCAGGUUUUAUAA